UCCCUCCUUCCUCUCCGUCAGUCCGUCCGUCCGCCCGCCCGCCUUGGUCUCGCCUCACUCGUUACACCCCUUUGGAAAUGGGCAGGGAGCAGAGCCGCCUUCCUCUGGGGUAGACUUCGCCAGCCGAGAGACGCAUGCCCUGCAGGGCUCAUUCUUUCCUCAAGGGAGUGCUUUCUGAAACUUUUCCUCCUCGUUUGGCUGGCUUUUGAGACUGCUCGGGAGGUGGGCGCUUGUGCGGUGCGAGUAAAUGCUGUAAAGGCCGGACGGUAAACGAAGACGGGAAAUUGAAGCGGUAGUAAGAGUCCUGCUCAAACUCGCCUUGACCGCCGUGAAAUCUACUUCAAGAUCCAAUUGCACCCACCAACUCCACAUGUCAGCAUUAUGUCUGCAAAAGUUGUAAAGGCAAGAAGAUGAUGAUGAAGCCUUCGUGUAGUUGGUGCAAAGACUAUGAGCAGUUUGAAGAAAAUAAACAGUUAAGCAUUCUAGUUAACUGCUAUAAAAAACUAUGUGAGUACAUAACACAAACACCACUAGCUCUAGAUAUUCAACAGGCUGUUGAGAGUUCUCCAGAUCUUUUGACUUUGCUAAAAGAUGGCUCCUCACUCCAUGAAGACCCAGAAAAAGAAUCAGAAGAACCAUUGGCAUUGUGUUUGACACAUUCCCCAUCACCUUCAACCUCAGAGCAUACUAAUGAACCUCCAAGUUGUUCUUCUGUACCUGAAAGCAUAAAUGACUCUGAUAUGAAAGGCUCUGCUGUUAAUGGGCUGCCCAAUUGUAAUGGGUUAUCAGAUACACUUGGAGCAAAUAUUCCUUCUCCUGAACAUACAGAUGUAGUCAAUGUGUGUAGUCCUGGACAAUACAUAAAAACAGAAGAUAUCUCUAGCAGUCUUCAGCCUGUUUGUGAUGUGGUUUCCCCUAGUGACUUGUGUGGAGCAAGCAUUGAUAUUCACAGUUUCAGCGAAGACAUCAAACCUGGUGAUUCUCUUUUACUCAGUGUUGAAGAAGUCCUACGGAGUUUGGACUCCAACCCACAGAUCUGCAGUUCUAAUCUGCAACACAGCUUAGAAACCAGUUUAUCUAAUGGCCCUUUUUUGCAGCUUUCUCCCCCACCUCCUAGCCAUAACAUGUUCAUAUCAAUGGAUGCUUCACCUCAUGGGAUUUCCUGUACAGCAGCAACACCUAAGGUAGCAAAAUUGAACAGAAAACGUUCCCGAUCGGAAAGUGACAGUGAAAAGGUUCAGCCCCUUCCCAUUUCCAGCAUUCUUUGUGGCCCAACAUUGGGAGCCUCAGCUCCCAUAACAGUGAAACAGGAAGCGGAGAUGUCUUUGCAGCCUAUAGCAAAUGUACCCAAUGGUGGCACUGCACCUAAAAUAGGCAAAACUGUACUGUUGUCAAAUAAAAGCAUGAAAAAGAAUCUAGAUCAUACCACCAAGAAAUCUAAAUCUAAAUCAGGAAUGCUGAAAAAGUCAAAAGAAAAAAAUCCUAGUCACGUUAUGCCAGGAAGUCCAACCAAAACUGUGUACAAAAAGGCACAAGAGAAGAAGGGGUGUAAAUGUGGUCGAGCCACGCAAAAUCCAAGUGUUCUUACAUGUCGUGGCCAGCGCUGCCCUUGCUAUUCGAACCGUAAAGCCUGUUUGGACUGCAUAUGCCGUGGCUGCCAAAAUUCUUAUAUGGCUAAUGGGGAGAAGAAACUGGAGGCAUUUGCUGUGCCAGAAAAGGCCUUGGAGCAGACUAGGCUUACUUUGGGCAUUAAUGUGACAAGCAUUGCUGUUCGCAAUGCCAGCACAAGUACCAGUGUAAUUAAUGUGACAGGAUCACCAGUAACUACGUUUUUAGCUGCCAGUACAAACGAUGAUAAGAACUUGGAUGAAGCUAUAGAAAUGAGAUAUGACUGCUGAGUCUUUUAUUUUCUUUUUGACUUUCUCCCUUUGGCAGGGGGACUGCUACAGUUUUGAAGGCAGCUAUGGUUCUGUUUAACUUGCCGGAGCUCCUACAUAUAGAUCACUUGUAUCAAGUGUUUUUCAUUGCUAUGUUGUGCGUUAGUGUCUGGGAAAUAGUUUGACGGUAAUUGCGGAGUUACCCUGAAACUGUCUUUUGUUCUUACAGCACCUCAUAGUUUCAGCUCAAAUGCUAAUGUAAAUGAUUUUUUUAAAAAUACAAUAUGACUUCCUGACAAAUACUGACCUUGUUGUACCAAUUCAUGCUUUGUGCUUAAUCAGAGAUUGAUUAAAUAUACAGAAAAUGGUUCCUAUUCAGUCCAUCAUAUUUCAGCUAAUUCAUGAUAUAGCCACGUUCAGUGCCUGUGUUGAAAAAAACAAAACAAAAAACAAAUGAGCACAUUUUCCUCCUAAAAAUCUAAUAAAAAUAACAAGUCGUAAUACCAACUUAUUAGUGUCUAGAGAAAUUAGAAAUUUAGCACCUUAAAACUUAUUCAGAAAGUAAGAAUUACUCUACAACUAAUAUAUGCUGCUCAAAAGGGAAAAAAAAUGAUCAAACUUAGUCCUCUCUUCAUGUCACCCAAAGUUCUUCUCUUUUCCUCUGAAAGAAAAACUUUUUGGAGCUCAUUUGUCUUGAACCAGCCUCCCAAGAUUUUUAUUUUCAGUUUUAGAAAGAGAUGUGCAGGUUAAGGUUAGUAAUCUAAUAUGAUUGUCAUAUUAUUAGCAUUCAUGUUAACAUUCAACUUCAGGAUAUUCCUGUUGAGUUGGUUAUAAAAAUAGUACUCUAUAUUUUGAAUGGAGUUAUGCUCGUUGCCUUCAAACAGAAGCAAUUUGAUUCUCAUGCCAAAGGUAUAGAGCUGUUCGUUUAUUCUAUGUAUUUGAUUUAAAUAUUGCAAGAACAUAGCUCUGAUCUAGCCAGGUGCACUUGUUUCAGAUAUACAAUGCUGUCUGACUACUGACUUUUAGCUGAGGUGGUUCCACAUCUCCCGUGCCUGGUUUCUCAAGCCCUUCUCUUCCGAGUAGUUGCGGUCUCAUUUAGGAGGUGGCCUCGAUGCACACAAGUAAGGAAUAAGAAGAUCUGGGUUAAAGUAAGUGAAAUGCUACAGUGCAGUCAUGACUGGAGCAGCAGUAAUAUGCCAAACCUGGAAUUGCUAUGGUUAGUCCUGCAGGUGAUCUUAGAACAAACAGAAACUGCUCCAUGUCCCGUUUGUUGUGCAAGAAUUUAUCAAUAGUUUAUUUUCAUUUGCACCAUGGGAAAAGACAACAAACUGUAGGUUGGAAAAUACCAUUUAUGUUAAGCCUACUGAUUUUGUGAUACAUGUCUAAUGUUCAGAUUCCCCCUUUUUGACAAACUGGGGGCUGACUAGAAUAGAAUGGAUUACCUGUAAAUUGUUUCCAGUUAGCCUCCCUGAACAACAAAAUAGCUUCCAUCAGUGCAACUAGGAAGGAGUGAUUUUCCUUUAGCCUUGCAGCUCAAUCUGCACCAUAGGGUUCAGAGUUCACCUGAAGCAUAUUCUUGGAGAUUAACGGGUGAGAAGGGAAAGUCCUAUUGCAUGAAUGCUCUCACAACACUGGAUUUUGCCUUUUAUCCUCCAUCUCCUAAUUUAAAGCAAUAUAUAUAAAAGUAAUGUCACAGUUUCUAAAACUCUGCUGCUUGCCAUCUGAAUAUUCACUAAAUGAAAUUGCCAAUGAAUUAUGACAUCAGACAGUUUGGAUUUGGCACAAAGCAUGUACAGUGGUUACUAGGUCGGAAGAGUAAGUGAAAGGUUUUGGACACCAAUUGGAUGAUGCCUCCUUUUUGUUCUGUAGUGUACCAUGGUGUCAUUUUAUGUGAAUGUGGUCAAAUAGCAUUUUUGUUGGCUUUAAGGUUUGUUUUUCCCCCUGUCUUUUCUGUGGGUAGGGCAGGGUGGGUGGGGGUUAAAGCCAUAGAAAGAAGAAUGUGAUGUAAGUGUUCUGUAUGUAUUUUUUUUCUGUUUUGCAAGAAGAGUUGAAAAUAUUUUUGAUAAUGAGAGUAAAUGGUGGAAAAUGCUCUUUAGUACUCUUGUCUCUCUCUCUUCCCCCCCCCCAGUUCAAACCCCUGAAUUCUGUGUUUAAUUUUGAGGUUUACUAUGUCCUAUUAAAACAUAAUUAGUUAAAUA